GUUUUGGGGCUAAGCGUUCCCAAAAGAAAAGGAAACACUAAGCUAAAACGUUCAUGGGCCUAGAAACCCUAAGAAGCAUGUGUUCACAACUUCACAGCAAUGAGGAGGUCCAUCUAAGAUAGAGAAGCCCUAUAUAUCGAAGUCCCCUUAUUUCAACCGCAAGCUAUCGCACAUUCAGAGUCAUUUUAUAGCGAGGGUCUUAUAUAUGACCCUUAAGUGAGGUCAUAUCUCUUAAUCGUUGGAUCAGACUAACUAAUUUGAUCAAACAGCUAACCAAUUUGAUUCAACGGUUAAAAGAUAGGACUUCACUUAAGGACCAUAUAUAAUGCCCUCACUAUAGAAUUCUUCAUAUAAUAUAUAUAACUAUAGUUAAAGAUUAAAAUUCACGGACAUGAUCAACAUUUCAGUUGUAUUUAUUAUUUGGUUGAUGAAUUUUCAGUUGUAUUUAUUGUUUGGUUAAUGAAUUGUGCCCUGUAUGAUCAAAUUUGUAUACCAAAUUUGAGUCUCAAAUGAUAUAAUUGUGAAUUCAAACUCGCUAAUUUCGAAUUGGUUGGUGCUCAAAUUGUGUAACCCUAAUUUUAAUAUAUAGCAUAGGCCAACAAAUCACCGACAUGUGAUUUUGAAAAAACAGAUCGCACAAAGUUAGCUGCUCUCUCACAUGCACUUGCUCUAUCAUGUCUCAUAACUGUCAUUCCCGAUCGUACAUACCUUUCCGUACUUCUUCAUAUUCACUGGACGUGGAAAAACGCGUUUUGUAAAAAAAAAAACAAAAACUAAUUUUGUUCAUUUUAUUGUAUGCAUAAUAAUUCAUUAAGGUUCAUGAUCUACAUUUUAUUUUAGUCACCGACGAUCGUUUCGAUGAGUCUAUAAAUAGUCAGGGAAGCUGCCUCUUCAAGGAAGCAUUGAAGCUUAUAGAGUUUGCCUCAGAACAAGUAUAGAAACCUGUGUGCCUGUCUAGAGUUUAGAGGGAAAUUAUUAAAUGGCGCCUCCUCUUGGUCUUUCUGCAGUUUCUUCUUGUGCUUCUUUUUGGCAUAUUUUCUUGUUGGUUAGUAUGGUUUUGGAGGGCAUGAUCAUCGUCAAUGUCGAAGCCAACGGCUGGCUCAGUGGCCAUGCAACUUUCUAUGGGACGAACCAGGACCCCGCCACCCUUGGGGGUGCUUGUGGUUAUGACAACACCUUCCAUGCGGGGUUUGGAGUGAACACAGCAGCAGUGAGCAGCACACUUUUCAGAGGAGGGGAGGCAUGCGGGGCUUGUUACCAAGUGACCUGCAACUACAGGAUCGAUCCCAAGUGGUGCCUUCAACGCCGUGCCGUUACGGUUACCGCCACCAAUUUCUGCCCCCCGAACAACAACGGAGGGUGGUGCAAUGCUCCUCACCAACACUUUGACAUGUCGACGCCAGCUUUUCUUCGCAUUGCACGACAAGGCAAUGAAGGCAUAGUUCCUGUCAUUUAUAGAAGGGUGUCGUGUCAAAGAAGAGGAGGGGUUCGAUUCACCUUGAAGGGACAGUCAAAUUUCAACAUGGUGAUGAUAUCCAACGUUGGAGGAAGUGGGGACGUGAAGGCUGCAUGGAUACGGGGGUCGAGGAUGAGGAGAGGGACGUGGCUGCCCAUGCACAGGAAUUGGGGUGCAAAUUGGCAAAGCAGCAUCGAUCUCCGAAACCAAAAGCUCUCUUUCAAGCUCACCUUGGUUGAUGGAAGAGCACUAGUAUUUUCCAAUGUUGUUCCUUCCACUUGGAGUUUUGGACAAACAUUUUCAUCCCGCAACCAGUUCUGAUAAUCUUAAUUUAAUUAAAUAAUUAGCUCUCCAUGCUUGCAAAUUAAAGGAGACACCAAUAUAGAUAUAUAUGACCAUGGCUAGCAACAUGUCCCCAAACAAGGCACUUAAUUAAUUGCUUUGCAAAUUGCAAUGG